UUUCCGCUGCAGAAGUUACAAUGCCUCUUCUCUAGGUCAGGUUCCUGUGGCGCCGCUCUCCCUCUCAAUCAUCUUCCUUCUCUGUUUCCUUUACUCAUCCCAAAUUUCAUAAGAGUAAUCGCUGACAAUUUAUUGGAAAAAUUUCUGCUCUCGAAUCUUGCUCAUAUCACAUUUGUUGGAUGAAUAGUUUAGAUGAUAAGAUAUCGGAGAAAUUGAUGCUCUUGAACCAUAGAUCUUACUCGAGCUUCAGAUUGUGUCAGUUUCAGAUUAAUAAAUGAAGCAUAUUGUGAAGAUUUUGGCAUUGGUAGUAGCCAUUACAGUGCUAUGGAUUGGUCUUUUACAAACUUCGGUGAUUUCACAUAGCUACACUUGGCUGCUACCUAUAUAUUUUGUUGUGUCUUUAGGAUGCUACGGUCUAUUAAUGGUUGGAGUUGGUCUGAUGAAUUUCCCAACCUGUCCCCAAGAAGCUCUGUUGUUGCAUAAGGACAUUGUUGAAGCCAAGGAAUAUUUGAAACAAAAAGGAGUUGAUCUUACUCUCGACUGAUGUGGUUGAUAUGGUUUCAGAUCUAACCAAAUGUUCUGAGUAGGCUGCUGACAAUUACGCGAUUGAGAGUUGUGAAAGAUUUUUGGCAUUUAACUUCAUACACAACAAAUUACUAAUGUGGAAACCGUCUUCGAUUUCGGCCAAUGUACAUCAACUCUUUAUACAAUCAAUGGAUACCUUUUUUCCUGUGAGUAUUCUUUUAUUUUAAUUUUGAUUGCAAAUUUAAAACAAUGUGUAUUUAAACAAUGGUUACUCAUGAUAUGAUGAUAUGAUGAUUGAGUUAAAUGUUUAGUUUUUAAA